AAAAGGUAGAACAAGACAAAACACGAGAGGAUCGUUCCUGGAAAGAAAAAAAAAAAUCAUUUUGCACUUUUCCGACCAAACACUGAGAGAACCUUCCAAUCGAUGAAUUAGUCAACAGAUUCUCUCAUACAGGAAAAAAAGUUUCUCAUUGAAUUUUUCUCCGUGCUUCUGGAUUUUCUCAGGUCUCUUUAUAUCAAAAGAACAAGUGUUAGCUUCUGGUUUUUGCGGGAGGCAGAGAGACAUCUUCUGUGGAAUUAGCUUUCUGUUUGCUUGGAAACAUGGGAGCUCUCUGCUGUUGCUUUCAAGUUGAUCUCUUUGAGAGUUAUGCGAAUCCAAACACUUCAAUGUCGAGGAACUGUCCCUGCCUUAACUGCUUCCUCCAGAGUUUCAUGGGUUUGUAUGCAUCGAUAUUUAACAGAGUUGGUAUGCAUCCAAUACCUUCAACUGUGGAAGCUUCCUCAGUGAUGAAUUCCACAACUUCAUUUGAUGACUCAUCUCUCUCUGAUGUCUAUCAUUCUCCUCCCAGGCCCUUGCCUUACGAUGCCGAUCCUAGGUACUUCCGUUUUGCUAAGGGAUCAAGCCAUUCGGGUGGAGAAACAGAACCGUUAAGAGGUGAUACCGAAAUGAGCUCUGAAAUUUUGGGAGGUGGAGCCAAACGGAACAAGUCUGGUUACGAAGAUGGUUCGAAAGAAGCGUAUUCGAAAGGUUCACCCACCAAUGAAAAGUCGAAGUUAGAGCUCUCUUAUGCAGAUUCGGAUGAUGAGGAUGAUAUCUGUCCAACCUGCCUUGAUGAUUACACGCCAGAGAAUCCGAAGAUAAUCACCAAAUGCUCUCACCAUUUCCACCUUAGCUGUAUUUAUGAAUGGAUGGAGAGAAGUGAAACCUGCCCCGUCUGUGGAAAGGUGAUGGCAUUUGAUGAAACUGGCUAAGAGGAUAAAAAGUGGCAGUGAGUCUUUGCAUGAUAAAAUAAUACAGAGAUCACUUGUAUAUAUAAAUCUUCUGUCAAAGUUGUGAAUAUCCAGAUGCCUUUUACAGUAAAUAUGAGAGUGUGAUUGCUCUUAGUUUAUAUCGACUCAUUAUUUAUAUACAUUUUUUUCUUCAAUAAGAUUACUGGAAUGAAAACGCAGGUUGAAUC